UGAGGUACUGAAAUCAGGCACAGAUAAAUUUAACAUGAAUUUGUAUUUGGUUGCAAGUGAUGGUUCUUCACGUUACCACUUGCUCAGUACGAAAAAUGUUUGAAUUUGUAUAUUUUAUAUUGCAAAUCCUCUCAUACAUAAAGGCUCAGCCAUCAACUUAAUCAUCAACUUAUCAUGUUCAGUAUGCAUAAUUAUGAAUUCUACAGUAUGUGAUGAUUGCUGCAUUAUGAAAAUAACAAAGUUGUUACAUGAUACUAAGAAUUGGACUGUGUGUUACCUUCAUCAUCAUCCUCUCUUGUCUUUUCCCUCAGCUUCCCAUUAAAGUUGGACACCAGAACACCCACACCAAAGUCAGCACAGAGCACAACAAGGAAUGUUUGAUCAACAUCUCCAAGUACAAGUUCUCCCUUGUCAUCAGUGGCCUCACCACCAUCCUCAAAAAUGUCAACAACAUGCGGAUAUUUGGAGAAGCUUCUGAGAAGAACCUCUACCUCUCCCAGCUCAUCAUCCUGGACACCCUGGAGAAGUGCCUGGCUGGGCAAUCCAAGGACUGCUUGCGUUUGGAUGAGACCAUGCUUGUCAAACAGCUGCUGCCAGAGAUCUGCCAUUUCAUCCAUACAUACCGCGAGGGUCAUCAGCACGCCGCUGAGCUCCGGGCCUCAGCUUCAGCCGUCCUCUUCUCUCUGAGCUGCAACAACUUUAACGCCGUCUUCAGCCGCAUCGCCACCAGACUACAGGAGCUGACGGUGUGCUCCGAAGACAAUGUGGAUGUUCAUGACAUAGAGCUGAUGCAGUACAUCAACGUGGACUGCUCCAAGCUGAAGAGGCUGUUACAAGAAACUGUGUUGAAGUUCAGAGCUCUCAAGAAGCCAGCCCAGCUAGCAGUCAUCAACAGUUUAGAGAAGGCAUUUUGGAACUGGGUGGAGAAUUACCCAGAUGAGUUCACCAUGCUUUACCAGCGACCACAGACAGAUAUGGCAGAUGCUGCAGAGAAGUUGUUUGACCUGGUGGACAGCUUCGCGGAGAGCGCUAAGAGGAAGGCUGCUGUGUGGCCUCUGCAAAUCAUCCUCCUCAUCCUCUGUCCAGAGAUCACACAAACCAUCUCCAAAGACACUGUGGAAGACAGCAAGACCAACAAGAAACUGUUCCUGGACAGUUUGAGGAAAGCUUUAGCAGGUCAGGGUGGCAGCAAGCAGCUAAUGGAGAGCGCUGCCAUCGCCUGCGUCAAACUGUGUAAAGCCUCUACCUACAUCAACUGGGAAGAUCACUCAACCAUAUUCCUCUUGGUCCAGUCCAUUGUCAUGGAUCUCAAGGCUCUACUGUUCAACCCAGCCAAACCCUUCUGGAGGGGGGCGGGCAGCCAGAACGCUGACGUGGAGCUCAUGAUGGACUGCUUCGUAUCCUGUUUCCGUAUUAAUCCUCACAACAACCAGCACUUUAAGGUCUGUUUGGCCGCCUCCUCCCCCUCCACGUUUCACUUUGUUCUGGUCAACUCUUUGCACAGAAUUAUCACCAAUUCUCAUCUGGACUGGUGGCCUAAGAUUGACGCAGUGUACUGCUACUCUGGAGAGCUCCGCUUUAUGUUCUCAGACACCCUCAACCAAGUAAUCAAAGGCGCUGGCACCCACGCUCCACUCCGCAUGACACCGAGUCUGACAUUCAAAGGGAAGAUGACCACCAGCCUUAAGUUUAAAGAGAAAGCCACAGAACUGGACACUCGAAGUUACAAGUGCCUCCUUCUCGCUCUUGUCAAACUCAUCCACGCCGACCCCAAACUCAUGUUGCAUAACCCAGUGAAGCAAGCUCCAGAGGUGCAGAGCAGCACAGCAGAGCUCAUCACUGGCCUGGUGCAGCUAGUGCCUCUAACUAACACCACCCAGCUGUCACAAGAAGCCAUGGAGGCUCUGUUAGUUCUGCACCAGCCAGAGACCAUAGAGCUGUGGAAUCCUGAUGGCCCCAUAGAGACGUUUUGGGACAUCAGUUCACAGGUGCUGUUCCUUAUCUGCCGCAAACUGAUUGGCCAGCAAAUGGUUAACGGGACAGAAGUUCUCAAAUGGCUGAGGGAGAUCCUCAUCUGCAGGAACAAGUUUCUGCUCAAGAAUAAGGAGUGUGCCACUAUGGGUGGUGGGAUCCCAAUCUGCCGGCAAGCGCAGACAAAGUUGGAGGUGUCUCUAUACAUGUUCCUGUGGAGUCCCGAUACAGAGGCGGUGCUAGUGGCCAUGUCGUGUUUCCGCCACCUCUGUGAGGAGGCUGACAUCCGCAGCGCUGCUGACGAGGUGCCCGUCCAGAACAUCCUGCCCAACUACGCCACCUUCAGUGAACUUGCCUCUGUCAGCAACAUGAUGGGAACGGGCCGGUCCACGUUGCAGAAGAGGGUAAUGGCCCUGCUGAGGAGGAUAGAGCACCCCACACCAGGAAACAUUGAGGCUUGGGAAGACACGUAUGCCAAAUGGGACCAGGUCACCAAACAGAUUCUCAACUUCCCUAAAAACAAGGCAGAUGAUGGACAGGAGUGGAUCAACAUGACCGGCUUCCUGUGUGCUCUGGGCGGUGUGUGUCUCCAGCAGCGCAGCACCCCUGGGCCAGCUACCUACAGCCCACCUAUGGGCCCCAUGAGCGAGCGCAAACACUCCAUGAUCUCCAUGGGUCCCUGCGACGUGUCCAACCCCGUGGCCACGGCCUCCGCCUGCUCCUCAGCUCUAUCGGCCUCCAGCGAGGCGCCCGUCAGCCGCUUCAUAGACCGGCUGCUGGGCCUGCUGGUCUGUGGCCACGACAGGGUAGGCCUCCAUGUUCGCACUAACGUCAAAGACCUGCUAGGGCUGGAGCUAAGCCCCGCCCUCUACCCCAUGCUCUUCAACAAGCUGAGGAACAGCAUCGGCAAGUUCUUUGACACACAGGGACCGGUUCCUAUCAAUGACACUAACACCCAGUUUGUGGAGCAAACCAUAGCCAUCAUGAAGAACCUCUUGGAUAAUCACACAGAGGGUAGCUCUGAACAUCUGGGACAGGCCAGCAUCGAGACGAUGAUGCUCAACCUGGUCAGGUAUGUGCGCAUCCUAGGGAACGUGGUCCACGCGAUACAGAUCAAAACCAAGCUGUGCCAGCUGGUGGAAGUAAUGAUGGAGAGACGAGAUGACCUGUCCUUCUGCCAGGAGAUGAAGUUCAGGAACAAGAUGGUGGAGUACCUGACUGACUGGGUGAUGGGAACCUCCAAUCAAGCUGCUGAUGAUGACAUCAAGUGUCUGACAAGGGACCUGGACCAGGCCAGUAUGGAGGCAGUAGUGUCUCUGCUAGCUGGUCUUCCUCUUCAGCCAGAGGAGGGAGAUGGAGUAGAACUGAUGGAGGCCAAAUCUCAACUCUUCCUCAAGUACUUCACCCUGUUCAUGAACCUGCUGAAUGACUGCAGCGAGGUGGAGGAUGAAGGUCAGGCAGUUGGAGGCCGAAAGAGAGGAAUGUCCCGCCGCCUGGCAUCCCUCCGCCACUGCACCGUCCUGGCCAUGUCCAACCUGCUCAACGCUAACGUAGAUAGUGGCCUCAUGCACUCCAUCGGUCUAGGCUACCACAAGGAUCUGCAGACUCGAGCCACCUUCAUGGAAGUGCUGACUAAGAUCCUGCAGCAGGGAACAGAGUUCGACACCCUGGCAGAGACCGUUCUGGCUGACCGAUUUGAGAGGCUGGUAGAACUGGUCACGAUGAUGGGAGACCAGGGAGAGCUGCCAAUCGCUAUGGCACUGGCUAAUGUGGUUCCUGGGUCCCAGUGGGACGAGCUAGCCCGAGUUCUGGUGACGCUGUUUGACUCGCGCCACCUCCUCUACCAGCUGCUGUGGAACAUGUUCUCUAAAGAAGUGGAGCUGGCCGACUCCAUGCAGACUCUCUUCAGAGGAAACAGCCUGGCCAGCAAAAUAAUGACAUUUUGUUUUAAGGUAUAUGGGGCAGCAUAUCUACAGAAGCUCCUGGAGCCUUUACUAAGAGGGGUCAUCACAACCCCUGAACAGAUCAGUUUUGAGGUGGACCCCACCAGACUGGCAGAAGGUGAGAAUCUGGAGGAGAACCAGAGGAAUCUGCUGCAGAUCACCGAGCGGUUCUUCCAAGCCAUCAUCGGUUCGUCCAGCGAGUUCCCCCCACAGCUCCGCAGUGUCUGCCACUGUCUCUACCAGGCUACUUGCCACUCUCUACUGAAUAAAGCAACAGUAAAAGAAAAAAAGGAAAACAAAAAAGCAGUGGUGAGUCAGCGUUUCCCACAGAACAGCAUUGGUGCGGUGGGCAGUGCCAUGUUUCUGCGAUUCGUCAACCCGGCUAUUGUGUCUCCAUAUGAGACCGGCAUCUUGGACAAGAAGCCCCUACCCAGGAUAGAGCGGGGUCUCAAACUCAUGUCCAAGAUUCUUCAGAGCAUUGCAAACCAUGUCUUGUUUACAAAAGAAGAACACAUGAGGCCUUUUAAUGACUUUGUGAAGAGCAACUUUGAUUCAGCCAGAAGGUUUUUCUUGGACAUAGCGUCUGACUCUCCGCCCAGCGACACCGUAAACCACAGUCUAUCCUUUAUCAGCGAUGGUAAUGUGCUGGCCCUCCACCGCCUGCUGUGGAACAAUCAAGAGAGGAUCGGCCAGUACCUCUCGAGUAACAGAGACCACAAGGCCGUAGGCAGGCGACCUUUUGACAAGAUGGCUACCCUGCUAGCUUACCUGGGACCUCCCGAACACAAACCUGUGGCCGACACUCAUUGGUCCAGUCUCAACCUGACCAGCUCCAAGUUUGAGGAGUUCAUGACCAGGCACCAGGUCCAUGAGAAGGAGGAGUUCAAAGCAUUGAAGACCCUCAACAUUUUCUACCAGGCGGGAACCUCCAAAACUGCCAACCCAGUGUUCUACUAUGUGGCCCGCAGGUUCAAAACUGGCCAGAUCAAUGGUGACUUGCUUAUCUACCACGUCCUCCUCACUCUCAAACCCUACUAUGCUAAGCCCUAUGAGAUAGUAGUAGAUUUGACACAUGUGGGACCCAGCAAUCGUUUCAAGACGGACUUCCUAUCCAAAUGGUUUGUGGUCUUUCCUGGCUUUGCCUACGAGAAUGUAGCAGCUGUCUAUGUCUACAACUGCAACACCUGGGUGAGGGAGUACACCAAGUACCAUGAGCGUCUGCUGACGGGCCUGAAGGGCAGCAAGCGGCUCCAGUUCAUUGACUCUCCAGCUAAGCUGGCCGAGCACAUUGAACCUGACCAACAGAAGCUACCUGCAGCCACACUGACCCUGGAGGAAGACCUUAAAGUGUUCCAUAAUGCCCUCAAGCUGGCCCAUAAAGACACCAAGGUCUCAAUAAAGGUGGGCUCGACAGCAGUUCAGGUGACCUCAGCUGAGAGAACUCGUGUCCUGGGCCAGCCCGUGUUCCUCAAUGAUGUCUACUAUGCCUCAGAGAUUGAGGAGAUUUGCCUGGUGGAUGAGAGCCAGUUCACCCUCACCAUGGCCAACCAGGGCACACCGCUGACGUUCAUGCACCAAGAGUGCGACGCCAUCGUCCAGUCCAUCAUCCAUAUCCGGACACGCUGGGAGCUGUCCCAGCCAGACUCCAUCCCACAGCACACCAAGAUUCGACCAAAAGAUGUUCCUGGCACUCUACUCAACAUCGCCCUGUUGAACCUGGGCAGCUCUGACCCCAGCCUCAGGUCUGCAGCAUACAAUCUAUUGUGUGCUUUGACCUGCACCUUUAACCUAAAGAUAGAAGGCCAGCUACUGGAGACGUCAGGGCUCUGCAUCCCAGCCAACAACACCCUCUUCAUUGUCUCCAUCAGCAAGACUUUGGCCGCCAAUGAGCCCCAUCUGACACUGGAGUUUCUAGAGGAGUGCAUCUCAGGCUUCAGCAAGUCCAGUAUUGAGCUGAAACAUCUCUGCCUGGAGUACAUGACACCCUGGCUGCUUAACCUGGUUCGCUUCUGUAAGCACAACGACGACGCCAAGCGGCAGCGUGUCACUGCCAUUUUGGACAAACUCAUCACCAUGACGAUCAAUGAAAAGCAGAUGUAUCCCUCAAUUCAGGCCAAGAUCUGGGGCAGCCUGGGCCAGAUAACAGACCUUCUGGAUGUAGUGUUAGACAGCUUUAUUAAGACCAGUGCCACGGGAGGCCUGGGCUCCAUCAAAGCUGAGGUCAUGGCUGAUACUGCAGUGGCUCUGGCUUCAGGGAAUGUCAAACUCGUCUCCAGUAAGGUUAUUGGUCGGAUGUGUAAGAUCAUAGACAAGACCUGCCUGUCCCCAACGCCCACACUGGAGCAGCACCUCAUGUGGGAUGACAUCGCUAUCUUGGCACGCUACAUGCUCAUGCUGUCCUUCAACAACUCCCUGGAUGUUGCAGCCCACCUGCCCUAUCUGUUCCACGUGGUGACCCUGCUGGUAGCCACAGGGCCCCUGUCCCUUAGGGCCUCCACGCAUGGUUUGGUUAUCAACAUCAUCCACUCCCUGUGCACCUGCUCACAGCUCAACUUCAGUGAGGAGACAAAGCAGGUUCUGAGGCUGAGCCUGACUGAGUUCUCUCUGCCCAAGUUCUACCUGCUGUUCGGCAUUAGCAAAGUCAAGUCAGCUGCUGUCAUCGCCUUCCGCUCCAGCUACAGAGACCGCUCCUUCUCUCCAGGCUCCUACGAGAGGGAGACAUUUGCUCUGUCCUCCCUGGAGACCGUCACUGAGGCCUUACUGGAGAUCAUGGAGGCAUGUAUGAGGGACAUUCCAGCCUGCAAGUGGUUGGACCAGUGGACAGAGCUUGCACAGAAGUUUGCAUUCCAGUACAACCCAUCUCUCCAGCCCAGAGCACUGGUGGUGUUUGGCUGCAUCAGCAAGAGGGUGAGCCACUGCCAGAUCAAGCAGAUUAUCCGAAUCCUCAGCAAGGCCAGCCCUCUCCUCAGCAUAGACCGGGGUCUGGAGAGCUGUCUGAAGGGGCCGGACAAUUACAACAGCCAAGUAUUAAUAGAGGCCACAGUCAUUGCUCUGACCAAGCUGCAGCCCCUACUGAGCAAGGAGUCUCCCAUGCACAAGGCUCUGUUCUGGGUGGCAGUAGCCGUCCUGCAGCUGGAUGAAGUAAACCUGUACUCUGCUGGAACGGCCCUGCUGGAGCAGAACCUUCACACUCUGGACACAAUGCGCGUCUUCAACGAAAAGAGCCCAGAAGAGGUGUUCAUGGAGAUCAGACGUCCUUUAGAAUGGCACUGUAAGCAGAUGGAUCACUUUGUGGGCCUCAACUUUAGUGCCAACUUCAACUUUGCACUCGUGGGCCACCUACUCAAAGGCUACAGACACCCAUCACCCACCACGGUUGCAAGGACAGUACGAAUCCUGCACACACUGUUGGCACUCAUCAGCAAGCAUCUGAAAUGUGACAAGUUUGAGGUCAACACCCAGAGUGUGGCCUACCUGGCUGCUCUGCUCACUGUAUCUGAGGAGGUACGAAGUCGCUGCAGCCUCAAACACAGGAAGUCACUAUUGAUAUCUGACCUCUCCAUGGACCCAGUGCCCAUGGACACAUAUUCCAGUCACAUCACUGAUCCCAGCUGCAGAACUCUGCGAGAGACUCAGCCGUGGACGUCUCCUCAGGUUUCAGAGCGCUACCUUUCAGCCCAUCACUACCCCACAGUGGGCCAGAUCAGCCCACGAACUCGCAAGUCCAUGAGUCUGGACAUGGGUCAGCCGUCACAGGCCAACACCAAAAAGCUGUUGGGCACCAGGAAGAGCUUCGAUCAUCUCAUAUCAGACUCUAAAGCACCAAAGAGACCAGAGAUGGAGUCGGGUAUGACCACCCCUCCCAAGAUGAGGCGUGUAGCAGAGAAUGACUACGAGAUAGAGACACAAAGAAUUGGAAACUCUCACCUUCGUAAGGUGUCAGUGUCAGAGUCCAACGUGCUGCUGGAUGAGGAGGUGCUGACUGACCCAAAGAUCCAGGCUCUACUACUCACUGUGCUGGCUACCCAGGUCAAAUACACCACUGAUGACUUUGACCAGCGAAUUCUGUACGAGUACUUGGCCGAAGCUAGUGUAGUCUUCCCCAGGGUUUUCCCAGUUGUCCACAACCUGCUAGACUCCAAGAUCAACACUGUGCUGUCCAUGUGCCAGGACACCAACCUCCUGAAUCCAGUCCACGGCAUCGUCCAGAGUGUGGUGUACCAUGAGGAGUCCCCCCCACAGUACCAGCCCUCCUAUUUACAAAGCUUUGGCUUUAAUGGACUUUGGAGGUUUGCUGGACCCUUCUCAAAGCAAACACAGAUCCCGGACUAUGCCGAGCUGAUUGUCAAGUUUCUGGAGGCCUUGAUUGACAGCUACCUGCCAGCGGCAGAUGAGGAGCGAGGGGAGGAGCAGCUGAGGACGCCCACCUCCCCCUACCCCCCCACCAGCCAGUGCCAGCUCAGCAUCACUGCCAACCUCAACCUGUCCAACUCCAUGACCUCGCUGGCCACCUCACAGCACUCACCAGGUGUGGAUAAGGAGAACGUCCAGCUGUCCCCCAGCUCUGUGUUGUCCAGCGGGGGGCGCACUCGCCACGGUUCAGCCAGUCAGGUCCAGAAGCAGCGGAGCGCCGGCAGCUUCAAGAGACCCAGCAUCAAGAAAAUCGUCUGAGCCGGAGAACAUCCAGACCUUCCCCCUCCACCUUUUAUUUCCUCCUCAUUCAUGGCUGUUGCUCUGGAAGGAGAACAAAUGAUUUUCGGUUUUGCAUCGAGGAGGAACAUUUUCAAGGGCAAACUUGAAUUCCCUGCUGCUUGAGAUUUCUUUCAGAUCUUUCAUUUCUGACGAACACUUCCUGUUCUCCUCUUGAGUCCGUGUUUAAGCUCUUCUUUACAGAUGUUCAGCAGCAGUUGGAAUCUCCUGCAGCGGCAGAGGUCACACGUUUGAAACUAUAGGGAGAGAAAUCCCUCUAAGCCUGAUGGGAAUAUAGUCCAAACACCGAGCUUUAGUUUGUAUAUGAACUGUGACAUUUCCCAUUUGACACAGGAAGGAACCAGAAACUGGAAUUCUGUCUUCAAGCUGAAGUUUGAUCUGAAACACGUCCCUUGGCCUUCCUUAUGACUAAACACUCCUGGGUUAGUGAGAUUGACCAAAUGACAGCAGCAGUGGGGUGGUGGAUCUGUGAGACAGGACCUUCACUCUCGACCUGCUCGGACAUCUCAGCUCACCUCUCCCCAUCCUGUACAUAGUUUAAAUAGAUUAUGUAUAACUAGUCCCUAGUGCGAAUUUAGAUGUUGACGUUUUCUCCAUGGUGUGCCUUUGUCAGGGUUUUUCAAUGUGUACAAUUUGUAAAGUAAAAGUCAAACCUUGCUGGGGACAAAGAACAGGUACUAAUUAUGGAGGCGAGCCGCCAUAUCACCACAAGUUCACACAAGCUGCGUCAUGACGGGUCUCUAAUGAUCGUCAAAUAUACAAUCAUCCAUAUACCCUGUUGCCUGAAAGUAUUUAUCCUGUACAGCUAGAUAGUGCUUCACAAAUCUGCUUUUCAAAACUCUUUCAAAAAAAUCUUCUUUUCAAACACUUUCAUUGUAUCAAGAGGAAGAUUGCAAAACACUAGGGGAAAUGUAACUGUAAAUAGCUCCAAGCUUUUCUUUCUGUUCGUUCGUUCGUUUUUUGUAUGUUUCGCUUUUAUUUAGCUGUUUGUCUGUUAUUUAAGUAUGAACUGUAUUUUCAGCAGCGUAGCAGCAUUUUUUUUAUGCUGCACACAGUGACAAGGAAAAUUGUGUGAUAGGCAAUAAUCCUCAACUCUGAAACUGCAAUAUGAUGCCAACUCCUGAGUUGCUUGUUAACAUCGAGAUUUAGCUCUUAUCGAUUACCUCCAGUAACCAUUUGAAUAGAGAAGAGGCAGUGGACAAUGUGAUGUUUAAUCCCAUCAAACACACACACCUCCAUUAGUUUUACCUCAACAGUCUGAGCUGGUCCCACAGCCAUCACAGGUUUGUCCUGUGGGCUCUUCAAAGGAAAAUCCACCCUAAAAGAGGCUUUGACGCAUAUUAUACCAUUUGAAAGUUUGCUCUUAAAACUUAUGAAAGCUUUAAAAGCAAAAAUCUUUCCCUUUCUUGCUUGAUAUUCAGUUCCUCAACAGUCAGGAAUCUCCGUUGUUGCAUUCUGCCCCAUUUUUUGCUGUUGUAAUACAUGCAGAAUGUGGCUUGGCAUCCUGGAAAAGGCAGAAUAUGUUGCUCCAAAACCUAUGUGUACCUUUCAGCAUUAUUAUUAUUUUUAUUUUUUUACAGUUGUGACAGUUACCUGUGCUAACAGCCCCCCAUACCAUCACAGAUGCUGGAUUUUAAACAUUGCGCUGGUAACAAUCUGGAUGGUCUUUUCCUCUGUAGGCCAGAAGACACUGUCCAUGAUUUCCAAACACAAUUUCAAACGUGGUUUUACCAGACCGUCUCCGAUAAGCUCGGGCCCAGCCAAGUCAGCUGCAUUUCUGGAUGUUAUUGAAACAUGGCAUUCACUAUGCAUCGUCCAGUCUUAUUUGCAUUUGUAGAUGCAGCGACAGUUGUUUUCCGAAGUUUUUCCGAGCCCAUGUGCUAAUGUCCUUUAUACAGUCAUGUCGGGUUUUCAUGUAGUGCUACCUGAAGGUUCGGAGGUCACAUUACCCAUGCUGGUUUUUGGCCUUGCCCCUUAUUUGCAGAGAUAUUUCCAAAUUCUCUGAAUCUUGAUGUUAUGGAUUGUAGUUGGUGAACUCUAAAACUGUUGGAUUAUCUGCCCACACAGUUUUUCAAAAAGUACACAGUGGUCGUCCUCACUCCAUUGUCGCUUGUGAACAACUCAGACUUUCAAGGAUGCUACUUUUCAUUCCCAAUCAUGAUACUGUCACCUGAUAUAUACACUGAUGAUGCAUUAAUGUGUCCAUCAGUGGAAUGUUGGUUUUUAGAAUUCCACAUUUUGCCUCGUCCUUUGUUGCCCCUGUCCCAGCUUUUUUUAAAUGUGUUGCUGGAACCAAAUUCAGAAUAAGCAUAUAUUUACUACAAAAAGUGAAUUAGGUAAAGCAUUAACUAUAUUGUCUUUUUACAGUUUUCAAUUCAGUCCAUGUCAAAAAGGAUAAGCAAAUGAUGGCAUUCUGUUAUAUAAACGUUUUACAGUGUCCCAAUUUUUAUGGAGUCAGGGUUGUACAUAACUUCAGCCCAGGGCUGGUCACAGUACCAGAAUAAAAUGGGCCACAGCAUUAAGACUGUUAAGCCUCAUAUAAAAGCUAGUAAGAUAGCAACAACUUUUUUUUUAAACUACAAGUUUCAGACAAGAAUUAACUUUUACACUUAAAAUUCAUCUCCCAAAAGCUUUGCUGUUUGGUGUUGUAUGAGCAGAGUUAAACAAACUUUGCUUUCUAAUCAGAACACAUAUGAUAGAAGUUAACAAGACUAAGAAUCAGUCAGUAUUUGAUCUUUUACUGUAUUUGUAGCUAUAGAUGAGUUCAGUCAGUAGUAAGAAAAUAUAGAGUUCCAUACUCCAUUCUGUUGUAUUUUCUUAAUGCAGCACAGUGUCAGGGCUUUUCCAGCAUUUCUACAUUGUGAUUAAUAAUUGAAACUAUUUGACAGCUUUUAACAUAAACCAUUAACAUCCGUUUUUUGCUUUCAGUCCCUCAAACACUGAUUUCAGAUGUCCCACCUUGCAUCAUCACACACUAAACAUUUAAACAGGAUUCUUCCCCUGUAAGAUCUAGGUCUAGGUCUAGGAAAGGCUUAAAUUGGAUAUCAGUGGAAGGCCGAGACGCUUGUGGAUUCAAUGAGCCCAAUCUUAUUUUUUUGUGAUGUUAGUCCCCAUAGUGAGAAAACUUCUUGAAACUUGUCUCACUAUAUUAAAUGACUUUCUCAGCAGUUCCCAGGAGAAGUGCUCGCUAUUCAAUUGCUUAAAAAAACAAGUAUCCAAAAUGGCAAAAGUUUUUAAAAACAGAUCACAGCAUGGGGUUUGCUGUGAUCUUGCUGUAAUGAUGUAAUAUUCUAGAGAGGUUUGUACCAUUUGUAUCCAUUCUCGAUAUUAGAAAAAUGGCAUUCAGCACUUUCAGCAAAUUAACAAAUGGUAUCAAUCAAAAAAAAUUGCUGCAACAACUUCUGGGGCAUAAUUGAUCAUGGGAAUUGACUUAUUAAAGCCGUACCAUAAUGUUUUAAACCCUUAAUCACCAUAAUAGUUUUAAUCAAUGAUCUAUUGAUCAAAUGGUCAUUUUUUAAUAAUUAUGUGCUCAUAAGUAGAGCAAUUUGACACACAGUGCUGAGCUACAUCUUAAAUUUUUAUAAUCUGGUAUACCUGCUAUCUCCCUCUUAAAAUCAAUCUAAUGUAUUAAAAAUCAUAUCAGCUAUACAUUACUGCUGACUGUUUUUCAAAGCAUGCUGUAAAGUUCUAGAUAGUUAAGUGUUUCAAACCUUACAGAAACUUUUGGUCACCAUUUAUUUAACAGUGUUUCACAAAAUCAACUUUCAGAGAUUUUAAACUUGCUUGAGGUAGCUAAUUCACCACAGAGAACAUUGUGUCUGUCGUCAGUGUUUACUUAUAAUUGUGGUAAUGCAGUUCACACCGACAAAGAAUCCAACAGAGAAAUCUGCAUGGCUGAAGCUCUAAACAGAUCUGUAGGUAGCUGUGUUUGUCAGACAUAAUGUCAUUAGUAGAGGAAUUUCAACGCUGUUUGAUAUCAUUUAGAAACUGUGUCCCAUUACACCAGAGAGCACUGACCAUUUUAUUUUUACACUGUAAAGUGUUCUGACCAUUGCUUGUGUUCAAUCUGUUCAAACAUUGCGUUGGCAUUGUUCUUACAAAUCCGUCGUUACAAAUAAUGCCUCCUUGACAAUAAAAGCGGUCACGAUGAUCAUGUGAAUAGGAAUCAAUGGCUGCCUGAACAAUAGAAAGAUCCAUGGGUGUAAAAAUAAGAGACUUUGGUCUGGGCCUUUAAAAGCAGCUGUGGCAGCAGCUGUGCACACAUGUUGCCAGAGUUUGGAGGUUUGGUUGAGCAGGUGUAGAAUGGGACUCCACUCAGCCUCUGGCCACAGCUCAGCCGGCUCGGGUCGUCAAAAUGCUUCUAUCCUGCCUUAAUAUCUAUGCAUGACAAGAGUUGAGUAUUGUUGUACAACUCUGGCUUUAUUUUUGUCCGAGCAGCAUCUCCAUCGAUAUUGUUUCUGACCAUUCUAAGUGUUCAUGUUGCCAUGCGGAUACAUUUGUGAAUCAGUUCACUUAUGAUUAUUUUCUUGUAUUGUAGUCAUCUGAAGGUGUGUUAUGUGGGUUUUUUCUGUCCAUGCAGUUCAUUCAGCAAACAUCACCAUCAAUCAUCAUUAGAUAGAUUUCAUGGAAAGGGACAUUUUCAUUAGAGACAGCCUAGAAAUACUAUUUUGUAAUUCAACCUCAAAGAAUGAUAUAAAGGGAAGUAAUGAUUUAGAACUGAAAUCAUGAGUCCAGUUUCAGUUGUGGAAGCAGAGUUUAGUAGAUAAAUAGGUCCAUCAGAAACUUUACUUUUAUUGUAGCCCUCCAUCAGUAACAUGUAGUCACUAACAGAUUGGCUUGUAUGAAGAGAAUCUGGACUUUAACUUGGAUGAUUGGCACCCCUGAAUGUGUGUGUGUGUCAUCUGAACACAGCUGAAGGCCAAAGUGUAAUCCCUGUUCUGUAAAAUCACACUAAAGCUUGUACAAAAAGUGUUCAAGCUUCUAUUAGGCUAAUCUCAAGUAUAUAUAGAGGCAAUUAAUCAUACAGAUGGGGAAAACAGCACACACUUUGAGUCUCUACCGACAGUUUAUUCCGGUUUUAAUUCGUACCACUCAGUUGUCUCUACUCACCACUUUUCACCUUCUAACUGUUGUUGAAGCCACAUUCUCUGAUUCCCUUCUAAAACAAGCCCCCAAACAUUGAAUUACAGAAUCAGUGACUUUACCUUUAACAAACCACAACCAUGAAAAAUCUGAAGGCAAGGUUUUUUUUGAGCACUGUGUUGGCAGAUUGUCAUUGUUUCCAGGUUUUAGUUUGACUUGUGUGUGAAUGGAAAUAUUAAGGAUUAUUUAUCCAUAACCUCUUAAACAAGUGGUUGACUUGCACUAAUUUAAAAAGUCAUGGGUUUGUAAAGAUUAAAAACCUCAAAAUGUGGCAUGUUUUAUUUGAUGUUAUGCAAAAUCUAAUGUCUGAGUAAUAGUCUGAGUUUUGUUUUAUUGCAGUAUGUGUGAUAAUUGUAAAUACUUUGUGUACAAUUUGAGAUGGUAUAUUUACUACACUGUAAAUACAUGUGAUAUUGUAUCAUUUUGUUUUUGUAAAGCAGUUAGUUUCUGUAUAAUAUACAAAUUGAACUAUUCCAGUGUUAGUAAUAAAAUGUUUUGCUCUCCAUAA